UAGAGGUUGGUCGCAUCCUCUAUGGCACGCUCGUCGCCAUAAUACUUUUCGUAAACAGUAUAAUAAUAAUAAUAAUAAUGUAUCACAAUAAUAUUAUAUUAUUAUAAUGUUGUGUUAUUCCGUUGCCAGCGAGCAGUGCACUACUGUGAGUUGUAGWUAUACCUUAUGCACAUCACCGUCCGGUAUUGUAUCAUUAUCACAGCGAUUUGUCCCGACGUUUAGUUUUUUAAAUUUUUUUCUCGUAUUCUUUCCUGCGUCCUUAUUUCGUCGGACUCGGUCUUUUUUGACUCCGAAUAAUAUAUUAUGAUUUUUGCAUACUGCGUCUAGUAUAAAUAUUAAGUACCUACACUACACAACGUUAUUGUAAGUUGCGGUCUAUAUCGUACGUCGUUGUUUUCUCGUCUCGAUCGGUAACUUUAUCGAAAUCAUCGCCGUACACGUUUCACUACAUCGAUAAUAGAACAUAUUAAUAUAGGUACGUAAUUACCUACAUCGAUUCACUGUCGUGUUUUCCUGCAAAUACCUAUUGCGUAUAUCAAUAUGGCACCUAUAAUUAAAUUGAAAAAUAGAAUACAUUUUAAUGAAUCUUCAUCAAMUACAAAUACGAUUUAUUGUAAUAAUGAUCUCCAUGGACAAGAGGAAAUUCAAUCAACAAAUAGAAAACCUAUACAAGACUGUUUGAAUGUUGAUGAUGAAAUAUUAAUUAAUAUAAGUAAUGUAACUGCUAGUUUCAAUGUGAAAACGCAUUUAAAUCUCAGAUAUUUAGCACUGCAUGGGCAUAAUGUGGAAUAUAGACGUGAAAAAGCGAAACUUAUUAUGAAGUUACGUAAGCCAAGUGCUACAGCAAAUAUAUGGUCAAGUGGUAAAAUAGUUUGUGUAGGUUCAGCAUCUGAACAUGAUUCAAAAAUAGCUUCAAAACGUAUUGCUAGAAUUAUUCARAGGCUGGGAUAUGCUGAUGCAAAAUUUAGUGGCUUUAAAAUUAUCAAUGUUCUUGGCUCAUGUAGUUUACCAUUUUCCAUCAGAAUUAUUCAAUUUUCCGAAAAAUAUAAAUUCAAUUCUCAGUAUGAGCCCGAGUUACAUCCCGGCGUGACAUACAAAAUUAAAGAAUUUAAAGCUACAUUAAAAAUAUAUUCUACUGGAAGCAUUACUGUUAAUGCUCCGAGUGAAGAAAUAGUUCAACUUGCCAUUGAACACAUAUAUCCAUUAAUAUUACCAUUCAAGUUAACCAACUUAUUGAACGAUAAAUGCCUUGUAAAAGUUAUUAAAGGAAGAAAAUCCCAGGAAGAAAAUACCGGAAUAUUGGAAGACAAUGGACGUUUUCACAUACACCAUCGUCCCGUCGAAGGAUUAGUGAUUAAACGUUGGAAAUUACCUAAAUUAGAAAAAAAAUAGGAUAUAAAUGACUAUACGUAACAUUUGAUUUUUCUUCCGUAGUCAUAAUGCGUGUUAAAUUUUAACCGUAGGUUUUUUCUUCAAUUUAUUUAUAAU